AUGAAAAAUAAAACCAUGCUGACUGAGUUCAUUCUUCUGGGUUUAACAGAUGUUCCUGAAUUUCAGGCAGCAAUUUUUACCUUUUUUUUCCUCACCUACACACUCAGCAUCACUGGAAAUACAACCAUCCUCAUCCUCACUGUGCUGGACCCCCACCUUCAAACUCCCAUGUAUUUCUUUCUGCGGAACUUUUCCUUCUUGGAAAUUUCCUUCACAAAUGUUUUUAUUCCCAGGCUUCUAGCCAGCAUCACAACGGGGGAUAAGAGUAUCAGCUUUGCUGGCUGCUUCACUCAGUAUUUCUUUGCCAUAUUCCUAGGAGCAACAGAGUUUUAUCUCCUGGCUGCCAUGUCCUAUGAUCGCUACAUGGCCAUCUGCAAACCUCUGCAUUACAUGACCAUCAUGAGCAGCAGAGUCUGCAUCCCGCUGGUUCUUGGCUCUUGGCUGGGGGGGCUAGUGGCUAUUACACCACCAAUCACUCUGAUGAGCCAGCAGGACUUUUGUGCAUCCAACAGGUUGGAUCAUUACUUCUGUGACUUUGAGCCUCUUGAAGAACUCUCCUGUUCGGACACAAGCCUCGUCCAGAAAGUUGUCCUUCUUAUGGCAUCUGUGACCCUAAUACUCACUUUCAUGCUGGUGAUUUUCUCCUAUACUUUCAUCAUCAGAACUAUUCUGAAGCUUCCCUCAGCCCACCAAAGAACAAAAGCCUUUUCCACCUGUUCUUCCCACUUGAUUGUCAUCUCUCUCUCCUUUGGAAGCUGCUUCUUUCUUUACAUUAAGCCUUCAGCAAAGAAAGGGGAUGCAUUAGACAAGGGAGUAGCUCUGCUCAUCACUACAGUUGCUCCUUUAUUGAAUCCCUUCAUUUACACUCUAAGAAACCAACAGGUAAAGCAAGCCUUCAAGGACACAGUCAAAAAGCUUGUGAAUGUUUAA